UGAUCCCAUAACACAAUCGACACUGACAAACCACAACAACAACAACAAAAACAACAACGACAAUAGUCAACAUGCGCUUCCUCAUUGAAUCAUUGGUGGGACUUUUAUUUGUCACUAUUGUGACUUCACAAUAUCCAACAACAACACCAGUACCAAUUCUCAAACAAAUAAAUAGACACAAUGAGGAUGGUAGUUAUAGUUUUGGUUACGAAGCUGCAGAUGGUUCAUUCAAGAUAGAAACAAAACAAGCAAAUGGUGAAAUUAAAGGAAAAUAUGGUUUUGUUGAUGAUUUGGGACAAGUACGUGAAGUAGAAUAUGGAGCAUCAAAAAGAGGCUUUGAGCCAUCUGGUACUGGUAUCAAUGUUCCACCAUCAACAAUAACUGGUAAUGAAGUUGUUAAUCCAAAUGAACCAGAAGAUGAUGGACAAUAUCGUGAAGAUCCAUCACUUUAUCAUACUGAUCCAAGAUUUACAAAUGGUGAAAAAUACGAACCAGUACCAGAAAAUAGAAGACCAAAACCACUUCCAGUAAGACAACAAUAUCAAUCAGUACCUCAACAACAAUAUCAAUCAGCACCCCAACAACAAUAUCAAUCAGCAUUCCAACAACAAUAUCAAUCAGCACCUCAACAACAAUAUCAAUCAGCAGCACCUCAACAAUAUCAACAAGAACGUAAACAAUAUCAACCAACAUAUCAACAAGCUGCUCCAGUAUCUAGCUACUCAAAUUAUCAACAAUAUGAACCAGCUCAACCAGCUCAACCAACAUCAUCACAGUAUCAAAGCUAUCAACCAUACAAAUCAAAAUCAAGUGUCAGUUUAAAAGGUUCAUCAUACUCUGUUCAAUAUUAAUAAUGAAAUAAAAAAAAAGAAUUAAUAGAUAAAUAAAUAAUUCAUCAAGAUAAUUGCACCACCAAAAAAUAAUGUAAAUAGCUCUAUCAAUUUUUCAAAAAGAAAAGAAAAAAAAAUACAUUUAUCAUUUAUGAAAAAAAAUAAAAAGAUUUGAUAUAUAUUACGCAAUAAUUAGUGUUAUUCAAUGAGAAAAAUAUUUGUAAGCUCAAAAAUUAUUAUAUCAAGAUCCUGUUUCCAUGUCCUAGUUUUCCAUCCGGAAGCUAAUCCAACAAUCUCAAGUGUCAAUUUUUAAAUAACACAUUAUUAUAUUUUUUAUUUAUUAGUUAUUUUUUUUUUUUUUAAAUUUCAAUCGAAGGCAAAUGAAUGACCUUGUUGUUCCACUUAUCUCACAGUGUCUUAGCCACAUGUCAAGAAAGAGUGAAAGACACACGAUAGCCACACCCUGGAAUUUAAUUUUGCCUUGUCCAUUUCCUUCAAUGGUUGUGUUGUGCAAAAUACAAAAUAAAUAAAUAAAAAAUUAAAAGAUAAUAUUUUUAAAAACAAAAAUUAAUAAAAAUAAAAUAAAAUAAAUAAUAAUUCAUUUUUAAAUAAUAAUAUUGUUAAUAAUACAUUGACAUUUGAGAUGAUCAUAUUAAUAAAAAAUUAAAAAAAAAAUAUUAUUAUGUUUCAAUUAUUAAUUCAAUUAAAUAAUCUAAUGAAAUAUCAUACACAUAUUAAACUAUGCAAUAUCAAAUGUUAAUGAUAAAAAAAUAAUUUGUAAUUUUUAAUUUACAUCAAGUAAUUAAAUCUCAAAGAGAUUAUAGCUAUCUUGUCAAUGUCAAAUAUUGUAUAUCAUAUAUCAAAGAGUAAUUUUAACAAAUAAAAACAUGCAUAUCGAUCAAACAAAAAUAAUGCUGCUGCAUAUAUUGCACUUGAGUUAUUCAAGGUGUGGUUGAAAAGUAUUUUUUUAAAAAGCAAUUUUCUUUGCAGCUAAAUGCUUCAAUAAUAUAUUUAAAUAAAAAAAACAAUCAUAAAAAAUAUUCAUUAUUAUAUACUCUUCCUUGUAAUUGAUUUAAAAAAAAAAUGGGAAUAAGGAAAUCAAUGAAAAAUUUAUGAAAUUAAAAAAACUUUUUAAAUUGCAUGUUGAAUAAAUUAAAUAUUGUAUCUAAUUUAAAUCAAUUGAUAAGAUUAAUAGCUGUAUUAUUUUUAUAUUUAUACAUACAAAAAUAAAUUGAAUGAAAAUAAAGAGUUUAUUUAAUUAUUUAACAAGAAAAUGUAUGAAUAGAUACUUAUUUCCGAUGAAGAACCCCACAGGAAAUAAAAACCACAACUUAGCAAUAAUUUUUAAUUUUUUUUUAACUUUAUAUAUAAUACAAAAUAAAAUGAUAUUUUAUUUAAAUUUUUAAUUGGCUAUACAUAUUGUAAAAUGCGUAAAAAUACACAUACUAUAUAUAUGAAAAAAUAAAAUUAAAAUUAAAAUGUGUUUGUAAUAUACGUAUAUGUAUAACCAAAAUUGAAAGUGAAAAUACCAUUUUAUUGCGUUAUUAUUAUUACAACUUUUCCAAUGCAUAUUGUAUUGGCACAUUGUAAUUUUAAAUUAGACAAGAAUAUGAAUUAAAAUUAUUAUUAUUAUUAUGUAAAAAAAAAAAAAAAAUUAAAAUAAAAAAAAAGCAAAUGAUUUCCUUAA